AUGCAGGUUUUUAUCAAAUCUGUAGCUGGGAAGACAAUUAAACUUGUGGUUGAUAGUUCUGACUCAAUUGAUUUUGCGACGGUCAAGAUUGAGGACACAACUAUUACAGUUGAUGUCCAGAAAGAACCCACUGAUCAAUUUGAGAUAAUCUUAAAGACCCCUAAUGGCCCGAUUUUUACAUUCAAUAAUGUAGGGAGUUCAGACACUAUUCAUAGUUUUAAAGUUAAAAUCGAAGAGAAAAUUAAAAUCUAUGCAGUUGACGAGCAACGAUUGAUAUUUGAAGGAAAACAGCUGUGUGACGAUUCUCAUACUCUGAAUGAUUACCACAUUCAUAAUAAAUCCACUAUUUAUCUUAUUCCUCGUGUAGGAGGUGGAACCUCUAAAAGGAAAAGAUGA